AUGCCAAGCCACAUUCAAAACCAAAUUGCCCCAAAUGGUGUCAUAAAUCCAUCAAAAGUGGUGGUGGUCAUGGUGCCCCUGCCGUGGCAAGGUCAUCUACACCAGUUCAUCAGCCUCUCCCACCUCAUCACCGCCCGUGCAAUCCCGGUCCACUUCGUCGGCGCCGCCACCGAAAACAACCAAGGCAAGCUCCGAAUCCACGGCGGUAUCAACACCACCAAUGAAAAAAUGAUACAUUUCCAUGACUUUGUCGUCCCGCCUUGCAUCACCACCCCCCCAAGCCCCACUUCUGCCCAUAACUUUCCCAUUCAUCUGAUUCCCACCUUUCACGCUACUCGUCAUCUCGGCGAGCCCGUGGCAGCCCUUCUUCGACAACUUUCGUCCGAAUUCAGGAGAGUUGUUGUCGUCCAUGACUUCCUAACGUCGUCGCUGGUCCACGGUAUUGGUCCAAUACCAAACGUGGAGUCCUACGCUUUGCAAGGCGUCUCGGCCUUCGCAAUCUCCCUACUUCAUUCUCGCGACAGAGACGAAAAAUCAGAGCUAGAUCAGCUAGAUAUUGCAGAUCUAAUAAUCCCUGAAGAUGUCCCGUCCAUGGAAGGAUGUGUGCCACCAGAAAUCAUGGAGUUGAGCUUUCGUGAAUGUACAUUCGUUAAAUUGAGCUCCGGGAACCUCUACAACACCAGCAUGGCGAUUGAAAGGCCUUAUGUGAAUCUAAUGGCUAGGAUUCUUCCAAACAAGAAGCAUUGGGCAAUUGGGCCACUCAAUAUGGUGACGCUAUCGGAGAAGAAAGUGUCGAACGGCCGACACAUGUGCCUGGAGUGGCUCGACAAGCAGGCGCCGCGGUCGGUGAUUUACGUGUCGUUUGGGACGACGACGACAUUCACCGACGAACAAAUCGGAGAAUUGGCUUUGGGGUUGGAACAAAGCGGGCAAAAGUUCAUUUGGGUACUAAGGGAUGCAGAAAAGGCGACGAGAAAGGUUGAGCUUCCGAAAGGGUUUGAGGAGAGAGCGAAAGAUGUGGGGAUUGUGAUGAGAGACUUGGCGCCCCAAUUGGAGAUUUUGGGGCACCCAUCAACAGGUGGGUUCUUGAGCCACUGUGGAUGGAACUCUUGCAUCGAGAGCAUCGCCAUGGGAGUGCCGAUCGGAGCUUGGCCCAUGCACUCAGACCAGCCGAGGAACACAAGUUUAAUAACUCAAGUUCUCAAAGUUGGGACUGCUGUGAGGGACUGGAGCCGCCGUUUUGAGCUGGCAACGGCGUCUACGAUUGCUGAUGGUGUGAGGAAGUUGAUGGCAUCUACGGAAGGCAAUGCGAUGAGGAAGAAGGCGGCGGAGCUCGGUGCUGCGUUGCGGGAUUCUUUGGCGGAAGGUGGAGACUCUCACAAGGAGUUCGAUUCUUUUGUCGCUCAUAUCACCAGAUAG